AUCUGACAUAACUCGACUAAAAUGUCGCCCUGUCAAAUCGAUAAAAAUUCACCUUCUAAAUACAUACACCUUGGUCAUGGCGUACAAAUGACGUUCAAUGUUGAACGUACCUUGCGUUUUAUAAUGCCGAAUAAAAAAAAAAAUCGAUGCAGAAAAAUAUUUGUCUCGCUCUUGCUGCAGAUGAAAGGUAUUGGUACAGUUUCCUGGUGUUCUUUUCUUUCGUACCACCGAGCGUUACCGAAGUUCUAUCGGAGAACGUCGUUGGAAGCGGGAAAUCCUGAAACUUUUAUGUGAGAGGUUAUUUGCAACAUGAAUAUAACUCUUACCUUCGGCGUGACGGUGCAGUUCACAAAUCCAACGCAUAUUCGGUGUACUGCCGGUGCCAGUGUGACUUACGAAUAAGAACCAGAGCUCGUUCAAAACUAUUUGCGGAUUUGGCACAAUUCAUCAGAGCUGCGCAGUGUAUCAUCGGUGCUGGCCGGCGUUUUCAGAUCAAAAACGAGUGCAUGCGUGGGUGGCUUACAGUUAGCCAGUAUUUGCGAGCGGUAUGGCAGAUAAAGACAACAAUUUGCAAAAGAGGCUACAAUGCUCUAGCAGCGGAAAUCCGUCAACAACAAAUUGCCGAUCAUCAUCUCCACCACCAAUUACACCAAGUUCUAUUUUAAAAAAUAGAUUACUCGUGCCAACUCGUUCCAAUCCCCCACCACCAUCUCCAUUUGUUGCUCCUGAAUGCUCAUUCACAUCCAUUAAUCGUCCUGUUGUAAAGUAUGCUUCCACUAAAGAAAACAAACAUGGUCUUCCGUACCGCCCCCCAGCCUCCAGAAAACCAAUCAUUCCACCCAAACCAACCGUACCAUCCAAACCAUCCAUUCCUUCCAAACCAGCCAUACCGCCUAAACCAACCGUACCAUCCAAACCAUCCAUUCCAUCUAAACCAGCCAUUUCGCCUAAACCAACCGUACCAUCCAAACCAUCCAUUCCACUUAAACCAGCCAUUCCGCCUGAACCAACCGUACCUUCCAAACCUCCAAGUUCCACUCAAUCUAAUUUUGGGCUGGUAGAUUUGUUAAACUCAUGUCCAUCGUAUUCCAACCUCUCACAAUUGGACAGAAUAGAAAGGAAGGUUGAUUUAGGAUUGAACAUGAUGGAAAAAAUGGCAGCAUGUAUUAAUCUUGUUUUAAAUCAGGUGUAUGCAAAUGGACCCACAGUACCAAGAAAUUUUGCAUUAGAUAAAGUUAACACGGAGGAAGCUCUCAACAAGUUGGAUAGUGACCUUCAGGAAGGAAAUUACAUGGCAGAAUUGGUGAACGACAUGACGCACAUGUUGAAAAAUAUUAGCGAUUUUAACAAAAGAUUAAGCAUUCUGAUGGAUCAUGUUUUUGAGAAGGAUUUUUUAAAAAAAUGUAGCUGGACUGGGAGAGGAUUAAAUUGUUCAAAAAUUUCUGUAAGAAAAUAUUCUGCAAUUUUAAAGUUAUUUAAAAUAGUCGGGGGAAACGAAGUUUCCAAACUUACGGACGAUCAAGUUGAAAAUUUUUUUAUUAAAAAACUUUAUAAUAUUAAGCCAGUUGGACAAUUAACGGUUAAGAAACGACGACUAUCGGACACUGAAGGAGAAUAAAAUAAGUUAAGUUAGCUAAGUGAUUUAGGUUAAGUAGGUUAAGUUAGAUUAUAAAUGAAUUAGUCUAUAUCAUAAGAACUAGUUAUAAAUUUUCUGAACAUUAUUUUUUUCGAAUAUACGUUAAAAUAUGUACAUAAAUAUAAAAUAUAGAAUAUGCAAUAUGUAUAUUAUACAGCAGAUAAAAUUUUGUUUUGUUUAUUACAUUAAAGUGUGCAAAAGUGGACUGAAAUAAAAUGAGCUAUCAUCGACAGAAAUUGCUA